UGGUGCAAUUUGCUUGCACUAUAGCUACUUUUUUUACAAUUAAAAGCUACAUAUUCUAAUUUUAACGUGCAUAAUUAUUGAGUUUUGAUAGAUGAAUGAAUCAUCUGAAAAUCAAAAUGCAAAAGGCACAAAGCGUCAAUGGACUACAGAAGAAGAUGCGGUAUUAGUCCAAGGUUUAUUGCAGUUAGUGGACGACGGGUGGAAGGCUGAUGCAGGCACAUUUAAACCAGGGUAUACUAAAGUACUAGAGAGAUAUCUCUUGAAAAAAAAUUCCAGACUGCACAUUAAAAGCUAAUCCUCACAUUGAAUCAAGAGUGAAACGUCUGAAAUCACAUUAUUCAGCAAUCAGAGAUAUGUUGGGUCCAAGUGCAAGUGGUUUUGGAUGGAAUGAUGCUACGAAGACGAUUGUAGUAGAGAAGGAAGUUUACAGACAAUGGUGCAAGUCCCAUCCUAAUGCAACUGGCUUGUUUGGAAAACCAUUUCCUCACUAUGAGAGAUUGCAUACUGUAUUUGGAAAAGAUAAAGCAUGUGGUGAUACAUCUGAAGAUCCAGCAGAUCAUGCUUAUAACAUAGUGAAAGAAUUUUUUCCAUCAUCACCAAGGAAUGAAUUUGACAUUGAUUUGAAUCUAGGUGAAGAGAACUUUGAAUCACAAAUAUCUGAAACAGCUACCUAUAAUACUACUCAAGUACCAAGUCAAGUAAAUCAAUCACAACGUGACGUUACAUCAAAUAGGAGUGGAAAGAGUGCAGCUAAAAGGGCUAAGCAUACUGAUGAUGUUUCUGAUAGUUUAUUAUCUUCAUUGAAUAAGUUAGGUGAGUUUUAUGCUGGAAGCGUGGAGAAUAUUAAACAACUCACGUCUUGUUUUAUGCACGAGAAGCUCACAGCUGAUAGGAGGAACCAAGUUGUCUCUCUUUUAAAAGAAAUAGAAGGAUUGUCCGCUGUUGAUGUGGUAAGGGCUGGUAUGGUUAUCACUAAAGACAAUAACCUUUGUGACUACUUUUUCACUAUGGAUACUCCUGAACUUAAGAAGGAAUUUGUGCACAUUGUUUUAAAAAACAAUGGUUCUGAGUAG